AUGUUGUGGUCCAGGCCCCAGGUGUCUUCCCUUUCCACCGCUCACUAUAAUUCCUCCAGUGAGAGGCAGAGCUCUCAGACCGUGGCCAUCUAUCAGUACUCACAGACACCAGACAGCUCCCUGUCAUCUCAGGCUUCCUGUUCUGCCUCCUCCUACUGGGAUUUCUCUCUCCAAAUGCAGACUGAAGCCUAUUAUCAGUACUCACAGACAUAUUCCCACAGAAAGUGCUCUGAACCCCCUGCUUACAAGUCCAGCCAGUCUCUGUCAUUUUCUCAGCAUGAGGUUCCUGAGACGCCAGCAACUUUCUGUCAUGGAGACAGAUAUACCCUGUCCUUCCAAAUACCAGAGAGGCUCUCUGAACAUGAAACUACACCACGGAAAAACUCAACAAAAGAAAUCAGACCACCUUUCAUCUUGAAUAUAUUUCCAGACGAUGAAGCUCCUGACAUCAUGCUUCCAACAACAGAACAAUCUAAUUGUCAUAAAGAGGAGCCUGCUGCAGUUUGUCAUCCAGUAUCGUCGUGUCUUAAAAUAUAUGAAGGGAGAGAAAGCAGGACAUCAGGUGCACAGACAGAAAAGGUUGGUAAAGACAGCUGGCAUAUUGCCACAAAACUACAAGACACCAGAGCUCCAGGAAGUCGAUUAAAAUGGAAGCAGCCUCUAUCUGACCCCACUGAAGCAGCCAGUGGUGGAGCAGGAGACAGAGUUGUGCUAUACCAGCAGUCAGAAUCUGAAACAAUCAACACUGGAAGGGCACAUCUACCCCCUAGCGUCUUUAUUACAAGACAGGAGAACUGUUGUGAUGCACAUUUGCCCAAGUUGAUGAGAAAUAUAGUUGGGAAGGAAGAUGAGGUGCUGAUAGCAGAUACAGAACAUAUCACUGAGCUGGGAACCAGACAGAUUUCAAACAUAUGCCGUGAAAUUCAAAACGCAGUAAAUGAAGCUGCAAGGAAAGAGAGAGAAAAUCGAGAUGUGAGUGCACUUCACGCAAAAGGAUCUGCCUAUGAAAUGGAGCGAGUUGUGCCUGUGAGAACCAUUGAAGACACCACAGUUAAAAGCCAUUUGAACUCAUUAGACAUCAGAGACGAUUUUGUUGACAGUGGCACUAAAAGAGAAACACGUGGGGAGAAUGAAGAAAAUGGUUUAGAAUAUAUAGUCAGUGCCUCUGAAGUCAAUACUGAACACUCCCUUGAUACUGAGAAUAAAGCAACAACAGUUGAACAUGAAUAUCCACAAAAGAUCUCCAUAUCUUUAGGAAGUGGAGUCCAGGAUGUGAGCCACUGCUACACUGAAAAGCCUCAGAACAAGGGUCAGAUUGGGACCAACACAGCAGAGAACGACCACACUCAGGAGCAGCCUGAGGCCAGGAGCGUCAGCCUCCAGGACAACAGCGCUGAAAACAUAGAAAAGACAGAGGUGAUGGAGGCCAAAAUGGAAGCUGCAUUUCAGAAUAAAACAAUGGCAAACGCUAAUCAUCAGAUGGCGCAGGGACAGUGUGAGACACAUGAUGGAAAACUUGCAGAGUUUCUCGGAAUGGACACUGAAGAGGGAAAAGGGGGAGCAGACAGAGAGGCAGAGGAAGUGGCAGCUGUGGACAGUGAUGUUGAGAAUAAAUCUGCAGGGAACUCAGAGGGAGAAAGGGCUGCUAUGCCAACAUUGUCCCAGGAGUGUGGGGCUAAUGGGUCGGGGAUUAGAGCUGCCCGUCUCAGUAGCAGCCAGCAGCAGCAUGACAAUGCAAAAACCACUAAUGGAAGCACCAGAGGGAGUAGCUCGAGCUUGGUACUGGCCCCAACAAUCACUGUUGCGCCUGGACAAAUCCUCUUCUCAGUGCAGGAAUUGACUUCAGCUGUUGUAGCACCGAAGAAAGAAAAUCAAAAACUAAAAAAUUCUCCAAGUCAUCCUUGCAUGAAACUUUCCUUCCCCCUAAAGAGGAAACGUGAAGCAUGUCAGCACGAAAACACUGACCCUCCUGCCAAAAUCAGCCUAAGCAGAUGCCCUCCAAAAUGGGAGCCUCCUCGAUCCUCACAAGAGAAACCAAGGGAAGGAAGAGUUAGGGAGUCAAAGAGUGCCAGAGAACCACAGGGGAAAGCAAGUCCUUCACAUGAAACAAGAGCAGGGUCUGGGGCGUGUACACAUCUAGAUGCCUCAAACCCAACUCAGCAAAACAGGCAGAAUAAAAUGGAAAAACUAUCAAGGGAAUUACCAGGGAAGGCUUCCAUUCACCCCCCACUUUCCAAACCACGCAAACCCAAGCAAGCUGCAUGUGAAACCAACCCCACCACAAGUGGGCCCAAAGGUUUCCAAAAACUAGUUAGGAACAGUGAGCCGCCGACCCAAUCCAAAGCUGGCUGUCUGGCUGCAAGCUUGACAUGUGACCCUAGAGUAAAGUACUCUGGAAAACUUAAACCAGAUGAGAAGGUGCAGAUGCUUGAGAUCGCUGGGCAGGCUAAGGUGUUGGUGCUAACAAUGGUGUACCAAGAUGGAAGCACUCAGUUAGACGCAGAACAGAAGCUCACUCCACCAGCGUGUGGCCUCCUCAUACUAAUGAAGAACGAACUGGACUGCAGCACGCCGGAGGGUGCGCUCGGCCCAAACGACACUCUGGUCUACUUAAAACUAGAACACACACCUGCAUGGGCCCAACAACAAGUCCAUCAGAGCCAGCAGCUCUUUACUAGAGAUAUGCUGCUACAGGUGCUAUCGAGAUGUCAACUGGUGGUGUGCUAUAAAUCCAAGGAUUUGCUGCGUACAGUUCUGCAGUUUUACAGACGAGACCUCAGCUGGAAACAAGUGGCAGGCUGUCAUAUCCAGGACCCACAGGUGUCAGGGUGGCUGCUGGAUCCCACAGACCCGUCCUCCUGCUAUCAGGAGCUUCUCCAUAAAUACUGCAAAAGACCCCACACAUUACCCGCCCUGGGUGCCCAGAAAGUUUCUCAGAUUAUCUCAGGUCUCUGUUGGCUCUACAGGCUUAAUAUGAAGCUAUGCUCUGAGCUACAUAGCCAAGGGCUGUGGCAGCUCUACUCAGAUAUGGAGCUGAACAUGAUCCCUGUUCUGGCAGCCAUGGAGAGCCACCGCAUCCAUGUUGACAAGGAGGCACUAAAGAGAACUUCAGACUUGCUGGGGACUAAAAUGAAGCAACUGGAGCAGGAAGCACACCGAGCAGCUGGACAAAUAUUUCUGUUGACCAGCAACACUCAGCUACGAACAAUUCUGUUUGAGAAGCUGCGUCUUCAUGAGCGCUGCGAAAACAAGAAGCUUCCCAAGACCAUCGGCAAACAGCAGCAGUCAACAUCCGAAGCUGCAUUGCUGCAGCUUCAGGACCUGCACCCUCUGCCAAAAAUAAUCCUGGACUACAGGCAGGUUCGCAAAAUCAAAUCUACUUUUAUUGAUGGGAUUUUGUCGUGCAUGAUGAGCAAGAGCUACAUUUCCUCUACGUGGCACCAGACCAGUGUUGUGACUGGGAGAAUCUCUGCAAAACACCCAAACUUCCAGGCCCUGCCAAGGCAGCCACUGCAAAUCACCAAGAAGCAGUACAUCCAAGACUUUUGUCAGGUGGAGCUGCGUCUGUUGGCUCACCUGUCCUCUGACCCUGAGCUGCUUCGCAUUUUUACCAACCCGCAGGCCGACGUCUUUACCAUGCUGGCCUCUCAGUGGAAGGGGUUGAGUGAGAAAGAGGUGACAUCUGAGGACAGAGAGCAUGCCAAACGCGUUGUGUACUCUGUUGUUUAUGGAGCAGGCCGCGAGCGACUGUCAGGUAUCUUGGGGGUUAGCAGUGAGCAGGCCAGCCAAUUCCAAGAUCGCUUCCUCCAGACCUACAGAGACGUCCAGGGCUUCAUCCAGAGAACCAUCCAGCAGAGCCACAAACAAGGUUAUGUGCUGUCCAUUAUGGGUCGCAGACGGAACCUCCCCAAUAUCAACUCCCCAGACUGGGCCAUCCGCAUGCAAGCUGAGAGGCAAGCUGUCAACUUUGUGGUCCAGGGUUCUGCUGCGGAUCUCUGUAAGAUGGCCAUGAUCAGAAUCUUUAACCUGGUCUCCUCCUCCAGCUCGCUGUCUGCCAGGCUUAUAGCUCAGCUCCAUGAUGAGCUUCUGUAUGAAGUGGAGGACUCCCAGGUGCAACAGUUUGCAGCUCUGGUAAGAAGUAGCAUGGAGUCGCUACAGCACAUUGAUCAUCUGGGAGUCCAUCUGAAAGUGCCCCUGAAGGUGGCAGUCUCCAGUGGCAAGUCUUGGGGGUCCAUGUCUGAGCUUGACGUCCCUCCAAUGUUCCCCUCUCUUUGAGCGCGUCGCCUCCCUCCCUUCACCUCCUCGACGGCGACGCCUCUCUGUUGAAUCUGCUUCUUCUCCCCCUCGAUGAGCUCCUUUCUUCCCCUCAUAGUCUCCUCUUCAUCUGUACCCCUUCACUUGUCCUGUAUCCUCAUCACUAUGGAAACCAGCCAGCUGAAGCUCCCACUUACUUUUUCUCCAUCCGUAUCCGGGGGCAACGGCAGGAGCCUCAGACUGGAUCGCACCAGUUUGGUGUUUUUUUUUCUUGCUCUCUCUCUCUCUCUCCAUCCUCCAGAAA